GUGGCAUGUCCUUGGCUAUAAGUAGCCUAGUACUCCUCCAUGUUUUGGUAGAAAAAGAUACAGGCGAGUUCGUCGCCGGAAAAUCUACUGUGCUUCUUCUACCUCGCGUUCGCGUGCGUGUGUGUGUUCCUGGGCAGAGCCAUCAAUUGGUACCAGAGCCGGAGAAGAUGUCGACUUCGUCGAAAAAGGGCUCAGGCUCCGGUGAGGACGACUCGCCGCGUCACGUCGUGGUGGAGCGCGUCGUUUCCAACAUCGGCAGCACGGGAGAGAUUCCGAAGCUGUCGAAGACGAACUACCACGAGUGGGCGCUCGAGAUGCAAGUCAACCUGGAGGGCAUGGAGCUUUGGGAUGCCGUGGAGGCAGGCAACGCCGAGCGCGGCAAGGAUCGAAGGGCGUUGGCCGUCAUCCUGCGCGGGGUGCCGCCGGAGAUGAAGUCCGGGCUCGCCGCGAAGAAGAGCGCGAAGGAGGCGUGGGCGGCGGUAAAGUCCUUGAGAAUGGGCGAUGCGCGCGUGCAGGAGGCCAAGGCGCAGUACCUCCUCAAGCAGUUCGAGCUCGCGGCGUUCAAGGACGGCGAGGCGAUUGAUGACUUCGCCGUGCGGAUCGACUCCCUCGCCGCGGAGCUGCGCGGACUCGGGGAGAAGAUGGAGGAGGAGCGCGUCGUCAAGAAGAUGCUGCGUGUUGUACCGUCAAAGUACAACCAGAUCGCGUGCACCAUCGAGAUGUUCGGCGACCUGAAGAAAAUGUCGCUUGAGGAGCUCGUCGGGCGGCUGCGCGUGGCGGAGGAGCGAUGCGGCAGCGUCGUCGAGUCGGCUGCGGACGGCGUCGGGCGCCUGCUGCUCACUGAGGAGCAGUGGGAGGAUCGCCGGCGCCAGCGCGAUGGCAAGCAGCGGGCGUGCGGUGGCGAAGGAGCACGUCGCGACAGCGACGAGAGGCGUGGUCGCCGGAACGAUGACCACAGUGACAACGACGACGAUGACGAUCGCGGCAGCACGAGCUCGGGGAGUAGGCGUGGCGGGAGCCGCUACCGAGGGCGAUGCUUCGAGUGCGGCGAGCGCGGCCACAGGGCCAAGGACUGCCGUGGGAAGAAGAAGGAAAGGGCCCUCCUCGCCGACGUCGACGACGAGCCGACGCUCCUGUAGGUUGGGCGUACGGGGGUGUCGUGGUUUAGGGGGUGAUUGUUAGAAAUAAACCACGACAAGUAGUGUCCAUGGCGUGUGUGUCUGUGUGCCGCGUCGUGGUGGUGUCGUGUGUGCUAGUUUGGAUAGAGUUCAGGCUGUUGGAUGGAGUGGUGUGGGUGGCGCCGAUUCAAACGGUGGAAGCCGCGUCGUCCGGGAUGAGCAAGUGGCUCACGGUGAUUGCUGCGCAAGUCCUGCGGAUCAUGGCGCGAAGGCCGGCAUGGAGGCGAGC